AUGGAUGAUAUCACUUAUCAAUUGGAAAACUCGGUGCAAUUUUGGGAAGAUGAAAUCCUCGCACGAGGUGAAGAAAAUCAAAGUUCAGCGCUAAGUUCUAUUGAUUUAUACAUAAAGUUUGUUUCUAAUUUUCAAGAUGAAUUUCUUGAAAAUGUAACGGAACUUAUGGGCUGUUGUUACAAAUUGCUUGUUUCUCCCAUCUAUCGAAAGUUUUCUGAUACGGUUAUCGAACGCGUUAUACAACGUGCAUCAAAGCAAACAGAUGUUAAAGAAUUAUGUGUAUUAUAUAACAUCUUGUUUCUUGCAGGAAAAGAAAGCAAAAAGAUCUUUGAACAAAUGUACGUACGAGAACAAAAUUUUGUAUCGAAAUUAAAAAAUCACAUAUAUGAGAAUAAAGUUGAUAAUAGGUUGCAACAAAUUUCAAUACAGUUGCUUUUCGAAAUUUGCUAUGUUCAACGAUUAUCACCUAGCUUAUUAAACUUAAUAGAUGAACCAUUUUUGAAUUAUCUCCUUGAUUUGGUAGAGAAUACAAGAGAUGAUGAGGAUGAAACUUUUAAUUACUCCAUCAUCCGGUUGAUCCUGUCGUUUAAUGAGCAAUUUAUGUUAUCAGUCAUGUCGCAAGGAGAGGAUGAGGAGGAUGAGGAUUGGAAUCCCAAUACUGUUCUACGAGUAUUGGGAGCGAGAAUCGGUAGCAGCAAAACUUUUGGCGAAAAUGUAAUAUUUAUGUUAAACCGUGCAGAUGUAUUCAUUAGAGAACUCUAUGAUUUGCCGGAAGAGAGCGUGACACUUCGUCACGCAUUUCUACGAGUACUUUACCCAUUAAUCACAAAUACUCAGUUGUGCCAAUAUCCAUAUAAACAACAACAGAUUUAUAAUUUGCUCUUAGAUUUGAAUGGAACUACGACAAAACAAUUUAAACCCGUAUCGCCAAAAACACAAAGUUUAGUCAACAGGUGUUUGAUGGCAGAAUAUUUGAAUGGUAUAGCCUCUCCUCAUAAUUUUGGUAAUGGAAUAGCAAGAAACCCUACUCCAAAUGCUCUUGUUAUGGAUCUCGCAGUAAAUACAAAUUCUUCAAAUGGAAAUGGACUUACGGUCAAUUAA